UGGAAAUCGUUCCUCCGACGCCGGAAGUGACGUAGUCGCGUCGGAGGAGAGACGGCUGUGUGGAAAUCGUUCCUUCGACGCCGGAAGUAACGUAUCAUCCCCGGCCCCGGAUGUUGCCUUUGUUAUGACAUGUGCCCGACCAUGUGCGUUUGCCGCUGUAGCAGCUGUAGUCUUCUGUGGUCGGGUCCUGCCCCGUGCUGCACGUACCAUUCCUUCCUGCCCGCGCUGCUGUCGGCUCCGGUCACGCAAGCUAUUUUGGCUGAUUUUUCGCACUCUUUGAAGCGUUUUGUUUAGCAUUGUCUUGUUCUUUUUAGCAAUACUUUUUUCCGUAUCUAGUGCUACUCUUUGUAUUUUAGCUUUGAUCGCACCCCCAACAUGCCUCGAGUUUUGGUAGCCGGCGAUUCGAUGGUGAAGUACUUGCCCCAGUACUUCCCAUUGAAUAGUCGGUUGGCUGUUGAGGUUGCGGCGUUUAGUGGUAUUAGAAUCGAGCACUUGUUUUCCCAGGUGUCUGAGAGGCUACCCGAUUUUGAUGUUGUCAUCCUGCACGUUGGCACUAAUAAUUCCCAUAUUAGUGCCAGCGUGUACAUCGACAAAUAUCGUCGUCUAGCUGCCCAGAUCUGUGAACGCAAUCCAAUGAUGCAGAUCGCCUUUUCUGCCGUUCUUCCGAGACGGGAGAAUAGGUUCUGCUCAUUGGAAUGGCAGCGUAGUCACGCUGCAGAGAUCGAGGCUUUGAAUGACCGUUACCGAGAGGUGAACUCGCUGCUGCGAGAGUUGUGUCGCAGGGAAGGGUUCACGUUCCUCGACGGGCUGGCUGACGAGUGGCACCAGUGGAUCGGCCGCGACGGCGUCCACCCAAGCCGGAUCGGCAACAAGGUCCUCGCUGGGUUCAUGGGCCAGCAAGUGCGGAGCAUCCUGGAGAAGAUGGCCAGGGCCAAGAUCCAGCAGGACCACAUGGAGGCAAUGCCAGGGACCCGUUCGUGGGACGGCUGGACCAUCGAGGGUGCCCCAUUGACCGCGCCAUCCUCCUCUUUCUUCUGCUGCUCCUUCUGCAUGCGAGGAUGA